AUCCGGGAGAGACGGCUGCAGAUCCAACCAACCCAUUCAGUCUUCACCCCUGCAACCAGGACUCCAACCUCCAUCCCCUUCGUCCCUGUCGCCCCAAAAACCUAGACGAAAGAAACCCUAAACCCUCCCCAAUACCUUUGAGAGCGCUCAGCCUCCCUGUCGCCCCAAAAGCCCUAGAAAAAAGAAACCCUAAACCCUCCCAAACCCAAGAGCGAUGCGGCCGCUGGACGAGAAGGAGACGGCGGCGGUGUUCGAGAAGCUCUUCAAGUUCACCGGUCCCAAUCUCAAACACAUCGUGGAGCGCCUCGCCGUGGAGGGUCCCGACGACCCUCCUGGCCGCUACUGCUUCCGCCUCCACAGGAACCGCGUCUACUACGCCAGCGAGUCCCUUGUCCGCCGCGCCACCAACGUCUCCCGCGGCCGCCUCGCCAGCGUCGGCACCUGCAUCGGCAAGUUCACCCACCACGGCGCCUUCCGUCUCACCGUACACGCCCUCGACCUUCUUGCCGCCCACUCCCGCCACAAGGUCUGGCUCAAGCCCACCGCCAAGAUGUCCUUUCUCUACGGCAAUUCCGUCCUCAAGUCCGGCCUCGGCCGCAUCACCGACAACGUCAAGUCCGGCGAUGGUGUCGUCGUCUUCUCCAUGUCCGAUGUGCCGCUUGGGUUUGGCGUUGCUGCCCGGUCUACGCAGGACUGCCGCAAGGCGCACGCUGAUGCCAUCGUUGUCAACCACCAGGCUGAUGCUGGGGAGUAUCUCCGCAAUGAGGCUGACCUCUGAUCGAUCGAUGGAGCUUGUUUCAUUCCCAAAGAUAAUCUUGGCCACCAAGACCAAGAUCACCAUUCUGUUCCACUUGUAGUUGUGUAAUGGUAUACAGUGCUUUUUCUUAGUAAAAUAUGCAUUUUUAUGAGAAUCAUUAAGGGGGGAAGAUUUAGGCAUGAAAAAUGGAGAGCGGCUCCUAUUUCUGUUUUCUUCUUUCCAUAUAGUUCUGUAUUGCGAUAUUUGAUGUUUUGGAAUGUUGAGAAGAAACAGUUUUUCACUGUCAGAGGGGACUUUUAUCUUGUUAUAGUGUGCAUAUCUAUUCAUAAGGGGAUGUCAUAUCAUGCAA